UAGUACAAACAAAUCUGCCGUCCUGGACGAUGCCAUUGACGGCGGAUUGACCGUUAUCGCAGGUCUCAGCCAUAAACCUCCCCACCUCACGCGUCUGCCACUCCGGCGAGAUAUGCUCCCGCUCCGGCGGCUGCCGCCGCUCUCGUUCCCACUCCCGCGUGGCCCCACGCCGCGCCGUCUCUUCGCCACCGCGGCUUCCGCCUCCACCGCCGCCUCGCCGCUCCCAUGGCCAGGGCUCCACGCCUGGCGCCGUGCCCCGCCCAGCGACCUCCGCACGUGGGGCCCGCACGGGCCCUGCGCCUCCCCGGACGCCGCCGACGAGUCCGGCUCGGAGGAAGCCAGCGCCGGCUCGUCGCUGGCCGAGAUGGGCGCGCUCGUGCUGUCCACUGCCGACCCCCUCUCCAAGGCGCGGCUCACGCACGCCGCCUUCUCCCGGUUGGUCGCCGGGCUCCCCGUCGGCAUGGCCGAAGCCCCUGACCACCCCGCCAGGCCUGACAAGCCCAUCGUGGUGACACAGAAGGAGAUCACCACGCACAAGCAGAUGGGGGUGCCUCUCAACGCGUACAUGCUCCACAUGUUGGCGCACGUCGAGCUCAAUGCGAUCGACCUUGCCUGGGACACGGUCGUGCGAUUCUCGCCGCUCCGGGACACGCUGGGAGAUGGCUUCUUCGUGGAUUUUGCGCGUGUGGCUGAUGACGAAAGCCGGCAUUUUCGAUGGUAUUCUCAGCGUCUUGCUGAGCUUGGGUUCAGCUAUGGUGAUAUGCCUGUUCACAAUCUUCUGUGGAGGGAGUGUGCGAAAUCCUCAAAUGACGUUUCUGCACGAUUGGCAGUGAUACCGCUAGUUCAGGAAGCUCGAGGCCUCGAUGCUGGACCAAGGCUUGUCCAAAAGUUACUUGGUUUCGGGGAUCAUAGAUCUGCAGAUAUCGUGACUAAAGUAGCACAGGAAGAGCUUGCACAUGUUUCUGUAGGUCUGCAUUGGUUCCUAAAAGUAUGCCAAAUGAUGGGUCGUGUCCCAGAUGCAACUUUUAGAGACUUAAUAAAGGAGCAUGAUGUGGUGCUGAAGGGUCCAUUUAACUACCCAGCUCGUGAUGAAGCUGGUAUACCCCGAGAAUGGUAUCAAGAGAAGUUCAAACAUGAAACGCCAAGUAAACUUUCGGAGGUGCAUGAUAGAUUAGCUUGUAUAGUUGAGAUGGAAAAGGAGAAUUCAAGCUUGAAUGGCUAGAUCUCACCUGAAGAAAAAAGAGAAUUGGAGCUUUGCCAAAUUGCUGCACGAUAAGUGAAGCGCCAACCAUUGGGACAACCAAAACAGUACUCCAGCCAACAUGAAUCAGCUCGAGCGUUGAGGCUUUGCCGCUGGGAGGCGGGAAAGUUUCUCCGAGGGAGAUGCUAAGAGCGUCAAGUAAAAAACGGUGCCAACCUGCAAAAGUAUAUUGAAUCAUCAAGACUAAUAUGUAAUGGGGUACCAAACAUUUCAGCCUAUGUAAUGCACCUGCCAACGACAACGAGCGUCACUAUCGGCCGUGACGGCUGGUUUUUACUUCCAGGAGGAGUAAUCGUGCCCAGAUGUCCGAUCCUGUAUCGUCCAGAAUGCUUCUUCCAUCCUAAUCACCGCAUUCCAGUACUAUCCAUAAUCCAAAACCUCUCUCCUGCUCCGAUUGCGUAUUAUCAAAAACGGAAGAGAUCAAUCAGAGUUUGGAUUCAGGUAGUACUCCUUCCAUCUCAAUAUAAAUAUAACCUAAUGUAGAUAUAACAUUUAUAUUGAGACGGAAAGAGCAGUUGCUAACCAGUGUACGUUUGCUCGGCAAA